AUGCCACCCGCAACUCGGCGAAGUACCACAGCUGCGGCUGCUCGAACUGGUUCAGUACACGCGAAUAAACGACGAAGAACAUCAACGACUGCUGCACCCGCGGCCCCCCCGCGGCCCCGGCCCACGUCGAGACAGAGAAAGUCACCCGCAACCAGCAAAGAUAUGAAUGCUGAACUAUUCGGCAAAAGCCCAACUCGGUCCCCUAUCGACGUUGAAGCCAAAGCCGAAUUCGACACCAUCGAUCUGACCGAGACCAAUGAAGUGUUCGAGGAGGGUCGAAAGCCAGAAAAGGAUGAUCGCGUCAAGCUUGCUGCCUUUCAAUGUGUCAUCUGUAUGGACGACUGCUCUAACCUCACAGUCACACAUUGUGGCCAUCUAUAUUGCGCUUCCUGCUUGCAUCAGUCUCUUAAUGUCGACGUCACCAAGGGAAAAUGUCCCAUGUGCCGUCAAAGACUUGACCUGAAGCCUCGAGAAAGCUAUAACAGCAAGACCAAAGGAUACUGGCCCCUUGAACUGAAGCUCAUGACUGCCACACGGAAAGGAAAGCGCAAGGCCAAUACACUUUCUUGA